AUGGCGGACGGAUCGCCCAACGCAUCCAUCUCUCCUCUCCUGCAACCCCUCGCUUUCUCCACGCUCUUCACAUCGACAUAAAGCACUCCAGAUCCAUCCGGAUGCUGGACAUGGAGGAGUCCGCGCAGCCCAAGACCGCCGACCCCUCUGACCCGGAGCUCCCCAACGACACCGAGGAUUUGGACGAGCCAGAGCCAGCGGAAGAGGAGGAUGUGGCUAUUGAAGAGGUCCAAUGAGACCGGACCCGCCCAAGGGCGCGGGGACGAACGCGGACGGCUCGCGCCCCUACAUCAAGGGGGAGCCGCUCGGGAAGGCCGCCCAGGCCACUGCUGGGAGAUCCAACUUCGCCGAGAAUGGGGCACAAGGCCUGGCUGGACCACGCGGAGCCCAUGUGGCCGGACAACAAGCCGCAUCCAUGGGAACCGCCGCUCACCGACGCGGGCGUCCUCUGGGCCUGGACUGUCGGCAAGCGCAUCCGGGCGCAGGCCGUUGCUGACGGCUACACGCUCCAUCGCAUCCUCAUCUCCACCUUCCACCGCUGCCUCCAGACCGACGCCCAGGCCACCACCGCGCUCUGCGCCGUCCCCGAUGAUGCAGCGCUCUGCAUCAUCCUCGACUCCAGCGCCAAUGUGCCCCUCGACACCUCCCGCGUCAAGGUUUGUAAAGAGGGACAAUCUCAUUUUCUGA